AUGGCAGACAGAGAGGCUUCUCCGGUGCCCAAGCUUGAGCCGUUGUCGGACGACGAGGCUUCUCACACGGAACGCGUUUCUCACGUGCCUGAUUCCUACAAGAACAUCACUGAGAUUCUCCAAUCGCCCGGCCUGCACGAUAUCCAGGUGUCGGUGGACCCGGACAAGGACCCCGAUGGCUCCAUCAGCGUGCAUAUUCACCUGAAGAUCAACCCUGGCAAAGUCACCAGAGAGAGCCCCGAGGAGAACAUGGUCAUCGAAUGUGGACAUUGCCACGGUCAAGGCCACGCUGCUGGCGAAUGUCCCGAGAAGGAAUCCGUAGACUGCCCUGAUGAGAAACCCCAACUGUGCCAUGAGUGCGGCAGCCCCGAUCACGUCCCCAGCGACUGCUCCGAUCGCGUUCUUUGCCACAACUGUCGUCAAACCGGACAUUGCACCAUCAAGUGUCCAGAGGCGAUCUGCAACCGAUGCAAGGUGAAGGGACACAUGAGAAGUGCCUGCAGGGUAGGGCAAGUUCGCCGCGACUGCGAUCAUUGCGGACAGCGCGACCACCGUUCAAGUGACUGUCCGGAGGCUCCCAAAGCAUGACGCCGGCACUGCAUUUAGCGACUGAGACAACGAGAGCCAUAUCGGCACGGGUAUAACGCUACCUACUGCAUAGGCGCAUCCAACAACAACAACAAUCAGUCCGCUACAGGUAACACAACAGACAGGGUUUUCCGAUUUCCAGAACCGAUCGCUGUCACUGGACAAUCUACACAGAACACUGGCACCGAGAAUCUCCUGCUUCUGACCGAUAGUUCAGUUCAGAUCGCGAUACCGUAGCCGAUGGCUUCAAGAAUUGCCACUUCCUUAAAUAAGACGUACAUAGGUAG